GUCUCAGCAUCCCCAUGCUCCCUCCUGCCGACACUUCCACCUGGGUCCCCAGCCUCAGCUCUCCACCGACUUCACCCUGCCUCACGCAGUGCAGCCCCAGCCGGGGCUGACCCCCCACAUGGCCCCCGCGCACCAGCACAGCGGCCCCCUGCACCAGCCCCUGGCGCCGGUGCCAGCCCUGCCCUUCCAGGAUGUGGCCGGACCCUCCUUCCUACCUCAGGCGCUUCACCAGCAAUACCUCCUCCAGCAGCAGCUCCUCGAGGCACAGCACCGCCGGCUCAUGCCCCAUCCCAGGCGGGCUCAAGAGCGCAUGUCCGUUCAGCCUCACCGGCUGCACCCCAGCUUUGACUUCAGCCACCAACUGCAAACUCCACAACCCAUGGGGCCCCAGCCCAGGUAUUUAGCCGAAGGCACGGACUGGGACCUCAGUGUGGAUGCAGGACUGACUCAUACCCAGUUCCAGGUCCGGCCAGUCCCUCAGCCCUAUCAGCAUUACUUAGCUACACCUCGGAUGCACCAUUUUGCCAGAAGCACAUCCUCGACACAGAUGGUUGUUCACGAAAUCAGAAAUUACCCUUACCCCCAGCUUCAGUUACUUGCUCUUCAGGGACUGAACCCAAGCAGGCACACAUCUGCUGUGCGGGAGAGCUAUGAAGAGCUGCUGCAGCUGGAGGACAGGCUGGGCAGCGUGAGCCGGGGAGCUGUCCAGAACACCAUUGAGAGGUUCACCUUCCCCCACAAGUACAAGAAGAGAAGACCGCAGGAGGGCAAAGCUGAGCAAGAGGAUGGAGAGGAGUCAGACACUGACGAGAAAUGCACAAUCUGUCUGUCCAUGCUUGAAGAUGGAGAAGACGUCAGGCGGUUGCCCUGACUCUUCCCCCAUGUGGGCGUGCACCAGGGGCUGGCCACCAGUAACAAGUGCCCGAUCUGCAGGGUGGACAUUGAAACACAGCUCGGCUCGGACAGCUGAAAGGACUGGCUGGACACACCAUUUUCCUUACCAGGUCAUAUGGCCAUAAACCCUUGCAGCAAAAUUUUUUGCCUUCUGAGCCAUUUGAUUGAGAGGAGAAGUCUGCAGGCACGUUAGUGAGGAGAAGGGGAUGGUGGUGGUACAAUAUCUAGCGGUAGGAGAUAUUGCACAUAUGCAGGAUACGGGCCCGGUGAAAGGGAGCUGGCAUUCCCGUAUUCCUGGAGCUCAGAGACCCCGUGCUGCAGAAGAUUUAGUGUUGAACAUGAAGGAAAUAGUUGUGGUAGUCUGGCCUGUCAAUCCUGCAUCUCAUGAGGAUUGUAUAUAUACCUCUCGAAUACGUAGAAACAUGUUAGGGGUCCUUUAGCUAUUUCUAUGGAUGGCAGCUGGAGCAUGUUAGCUUAAGAAAUGUUGUGUUUGAUGCCCUACUCAUCUUGUGGUGGACAUGUUGCUGUUACCUAAUUUGCACCAAAUAUUUUUUCAUAGAUUCCUUAUUUUGGUGCCUGAUUAAUACAUUGCAGAAGGGGAAUAAAGAGAUCAAGCUUUCCCACCCUUGGCAGGGGGAAAGUGGCGAAAAAGCAAAAU